AUGAAGAAAAACAAAGAAGUGUCCGACGAGGACGAAUAUUCAGCGGAUGACCCGGAUGAAGUGGGUGAAGAAGCAUCCGAGGAAGAGUUAGAAGGGGCAGAGGAAGACGAAGAGGAAGAGGAUGAUGAUGACAAUGAAGUAGAAGAAGAUGAGGAUGAGGAUUCUGAUUCAGAUGCACCUGUUAAAUCUAAAAAGAAACGACGUUCUAAAAAAGAUGAAGACGAAGAUGAAGACUCUGAUAAUAGUUUUAAUGAGUCAUCUGGUGUUCCACCUAAGGAUUACACUUCAGGAGCAUUCGUUGUAGCUAAAGCAGAUGUUGGUGGUGAUAGUGACCCAACUUUAUGGAGGAUAGAUGGCAAGGCUUUAUUGCAAAAAUAUUUACCCUUUAAAGAAGAAGGCAAGACCUUGUACAAAAGCACAUCCACGUACUCCGGUUGGUCAGCGGAUCACAAAGAAAAAUUCUUGGCUGCUCAAGUGACAUUUAAGGUGCAAAAAAAAAACGAAACCAUCGUUGAGCUUCAUCUUAACCAGCAACAGCAACAAGAAGUUGUAAAGUAA